ACUAAGCAAGCUCCGAUGUAUGGGAUUUGUAAAUUAAAAAUAUUCAUUAGGCAUUCCCAUGGGGUCGACCCCCGCUACUCUGGGGCCUGUGCUCACCCUCCACGCUCAGGCUGGAGACCUCUCCACGGAGUCACCACGACCCAGGGCGCUGUACUCCCGCAACCAAUCAGAUGCCCUCGGAAGGAAAACUACAAGUCCCAGUAUGCCCCACGCCGUCCCGUCAGGCGGCGAAAGGCCGCGCCCCAGAAUUCUUCGCGUGCAGGUGUCAGCCUUAGUCCCUGGCGCGCGAGACCACUCCGGAAGUCCCGCGCAGGGGCCGGUGGGCCCUCGGCCCCCGCGGCUAUGGCCCUGGUGGCUACAGUAGCGGCACUCUUGGCUGCACUAGGUGGGGCUCUGUGGCUGGCGGCCCGGCGCUUCGUGGGGCCCAGUGUCCGACACGGAGGAGGGGACUCCGGCCUCAUGCACGGGAAGACUGUGCUGAUCACAGGGGCGAACAGCGGCCUGGGCCGCGCCACUGCCGCCGAGCUGCUGCGCCUAGGCGCGCGGGUGAUCAUGGGCUGCCGUGACCGCGCGCGCGCCGAAGAGGCAGCGGGUCAGCUCCGCCGCGAGCUCCGCCAGGCUGGGGGCCCCGGGCCGGGCUCCGACGCCGGCGAGGCCGGCGAGGCCGGCGAGCUCGUCGUCAAGGAGUUGGACCUCGCCUCGCUGCGUUCGGUGCGCGCCUUCUGUCAGGAGAUGCUCCAGGAAGAGCCUAGACUGGAUGUCUUAAUCAACAAUGCAGGGAUCUUCCAGUGCCCUUAUAUGAAGACCGAAGAUGGUUUUGAGAUGCAGUUUGGAGUGAACCAUCUGGGGCACUUCCUACUCACCAAUCUUCUCCUUGGACUCCUCAAAAGUUCAGCUCCCAGCAGGAUUGUGGUAGUCUCUUCCAAACUUUAUAAAUAUGGAGACAUCAACUUUGAAGACUUGAACAGUGAACAAAGCUAUAAUAAAAGCUUUUGUUACAGUCGGAGCAAACUGGCUAACAUUCUUUUUACCAGAGAAUUAGCCCGCCGCUUAGAAGGCACAAACGUUACUGUCAACGUAUUACACCCUGGUAUUGUGCGGACGAAUCUUGGCAGGCACAUACACAUUCCACUGUUGGUCAAACCACUUUUCAAUUUGGUGUCAUGGGCUUUUUUUAAAACCCCAGUAGAAGGUGCCCAGACUUCAGUUUAUUUAGCCUCUUCACCUGAAGUGGAAGGCGUGUCGGGAAAGUACUUUGGGGACUGUAAAGAGGAAGCACUAUUGCCCAAAGCUAUGGAUGAGUCUGUUGCAAGAAAACUCUGGGAUAUCAGUGAAGUAAUGGUUGGCAUAUUAAAAUAGGAACAAGGAGUGAAAGAGAGCUAUUUAUAAAACUGGAUGCCUUACAUCUGUAAUCAGAAAUGGUGUGGCUUGAGUACUUGCUACUUGAAAACACAGCUUUGGUUUUACAGUAACUGCUGAGAGGUACAUAAGGAUAUUUUGAAGGUACUAAAAAAGUUAUUUUCUAGAGAACAUAAAAUUUCAGAAAAGUUUUAAAUAUAAGCAUAAUGAGUGGUGUAAUGAGCAAUAGUAUAAUGAAUAUAUAAUGAACAAUUUUAUAAAUUAUGAUUGAGCAAGCAUGGAUUAUAAAUAUUAAAGAAUCCAGUGACUUAAACACCUUGAGAAGUUUUUUCAAAUAUCUUUCUGAGUUUCAUGGCCAAAGUGUUAAAUAUUUAUAUUGCAGUGCUGGUUUUUGUGUGAAAAUAAUAUGCCUAUUGUGUGCACCAUUCUCACUUGGAAUAAAUUCAGUGAUGCAAAUUCUUAA